AUGACGACGUCGUCCACGGUGCACAAGCUGCUCAACGCCGCCGGCGGCGGUUGCGGUCGCCCCGACGACGUGGAUAUCAAACCUGCCGCCGCUGCUCAUCUCAACGGGGCGAUGGCUGGUUUAGGUCUUCUACAAAAUUUGCAAAGUUUAGCAUCGCUACAAAGUCUCCCACAGGUGGCGUCACUAGCCGCUGGUCUACAGAGUAUGGCAAAUUCAGCGGCAGCCGCCGCCGCCGCCACUCAACAACUCCACGCGCCUUUAAAUUUAAGCGUCGGCGCUUCCUCAAACGUAGCGCAAAGGAAUGCGGAAAACAACGCGGCGGCCGCGCUGCAGUCACAGCUCCAAACCUCGCUGGCGGCGGCCGCAACCGCCCCACAGCAACCUGCACCCAUGCCGCAAUUCAUACUGGCCUCCGGUCAGCUGGUGCAAGGCAUUCAAGGUGCACAAUUACUUAUACCCACUUCACAGGGUCUUGCAACGCAGACAAUCUUAACAAUUCCAGUCAACCACGUGAAUAGCACCGAUCAAAUGGUGAAUCUAGCGUUGAACAACGGGCAAGUC